CGCAGAAAAAAGUAAUUAAAAAAAAAGUACAGAAGCGAGCGAAAUCAGCGCUUGGUACGUAAUUUCGGGAAAAUAACGAAAUUUACUAAAAAAGACCAAAGUUAUUUAGUUUGUUUUGAUUAAUUUUGUUACAUCAAACACUGCGUGUUUACAGUAUGGAUGAAACUAUUGUAGAAGAGGAUGGUAACAGCCAGCAAUAUUCAUUUAUUUAUGUGGAUCCCAAUAUCCAGAGCUGCAAUGAACAUGGUGACAUGUACCUACACAAGGAUGAGUCGCUCAUCAAGCCAGGUGAUAUGUUUGAUACACAGGAGAGUUUCAAUAUAUAUGUGAAUGGGUAUGCUGAGCAAUGGCUGUUCUAUUACACCUUAACAAAUUCAUACACCCAGGACCCCAGUAAGGAAAACUACACUUACAGAUGUAUUUAUUAUCAACCUAAAGGAGUGAGGAAAAGGUCAGAGCCUGAAAAAUCAAGGUGUCCAUGUAAAAUUGUUUUGAAACGACUACCAUACAAUCCAGAUGUACUUACAGUUGAAUUUGUGUGUCACCAUCACAACCAUGAGCUGUCAAAAGAGAAUUUUCUUAAACUGAAAGAUAGCAAGAGAAUACAACCUCAAAUUAGAGAAGAGAUAAUGGAUCUUCUAUAUCUGGAGGUAGAACCGAAAAUUUUGAAGAAAUACAUCAAAGAAUUGACAGGACUGAAUUUGAAUUUAAACUACUUCAUGCACAUUGCAAAGAAAAUGAAAAAAGAUAAUGUCGAAAGGACUUUUACUCCUGAACAAUUGGAUGAACUUACAAAAAAAGUAAAAGAUUUAAGAUUUAUAUAUGGCAAUGUUAAAGAUACAGAUUGUGAAAGUCCAAAAACAAAUAUUCAAAGAGGACGGCGAAAACGCAAAGCAGACGGUGAUGUCAAUAAUACCAAUGCGGAAGAUAUAACAGAAGACUUGGAUACACUGUAUUCAUCUGACAAGAAAUUAAAACAAGAAUCGGAAGAGACAGAAUAUGAGGACAUUGACACGAAAAGCAGGCUAGAGACGUGUCUACAAAGAUUAUCAUACGAUGAAGAAACAUUAGAGUCGGUAAAGAGAUUGCAGAGUUCUGUCCAAUGUGAAACACAAAGAAAUCCUUGGAUUUCUGAAGAAAUUUGUCCUACUCCUUCUAAUGGAACCUCCUACAUGUCUGACAGUAUGGGAACAACUCAAAAUGAAGUACAACUGGAAAUAGGUAACAAUACCAGUGAUUUUCAAACGGAAACUAUUGAUGACAGUUACAUACAGAACAUAAGUGAACAAAAUGUUGAAGUGUCUGAGAUAAGUAACAGUGAUGGUCAAAUUGUCACUCAGAAUUAUGUCUUAGGUAACAAUGAAGAGAAUACACCAGAGAGUUAUGUAUUGGCAAAUAAUUCUGAGACUUAUGUUCUGGAAAAUAGUGAGCAAAACGUGAAUUACGUAUUAACCAGUAAUGAACAUAAUAUUCCACAUAGUUAUGUAUUGGAAAAUGGUAUUGUAGUAACUUAUAAUGGAGAUGGUCAGGGCUUCACCGAGUCGGAAGUUGUAUAUGAUAAUGAUCACACAGCUGUUGGUAAUGAGCAAGAGGGCAACACCAAUUAUGUUUUAGUGGAAGAGAACACUGCAGCCGCAGAAACUACAGUUGAGGAAAGCAGUGAAAAUAUUGAAUCACAAGAUAAUGAAAAGAGUAAAGCUAAUAAUGUAUCAGACACGCCCAGUCAUUCCGAUUAUGAAUAUAUACAUCGUUUCAACAUAGACCAAUAUAUGACUCAACAAUGGUUCAUUAGAUGUAUACAAACAGUUGCAGAGGAUACUAAAAUGAAGGCUGUAGAUAUGUUGAGUGAUCUGUACCUGGGUAAAACUAUGUUCAAAUUGAUUACGACACGAAAAGUUGAUAUGCAAACUAUUAGAAUCACAUAUUUGGUUGACAAUGUUCCCUCAUUAUCCGGUUUCGACUGCAAUGAUCGUGUUAAAUAUAAGUUGGAAGCUGCAAAAUAUUGUAAAAAGCUGAUGUCUCUAAAGAAAAAGUUAUCACAUAGUUCUAGGUACAUUCACAGUCUGAAAGGCACCAUCGAAUCUUUGAAGAAAGCAAAUAUGGCAUUGGCGUCAAGAAAUAAACAUUUGGAACGUGUGAAAUCACAAAAUGUCUUGCAUAAUUAUAAGAAGGAUAUGCAGCAUUUACGAGAAACCAAAGACUCAUUGCUCUCACAAAUAUCUGACACUGAACGUCAAAUAGUACAUUUGAAAGAAGUUAAAAGAAAUUUAAAGACCGACAUAUGCACGUUUAUUUCUAAGAAAGUAUUGUUACAGCAAAUGUCUGGUGAGAGCAACGAAAAAUUGGAAAAUGUUAAAAAUACUUUGGCGAAAGCGAUCGAAACGUGCAAAAACACUGUGAACAGUGUUAAUACAAGUAACAAUCAGGUUAAUGAAGAGCAAUAUGUUAUUAGUAAUCUUGACGAUACAGAAAACUUUGUGAUGGCAGUUGAAAAUGUACCAGAAGGUAUAAGUAUUGACGGCCAAUACAAUGACGGCGACAUAGUCUACGUCGUCGACAGUAAUCAACAAGAAGUAAACUUGCAAAAUAUAAGUUGAUAACGAUAAUAAUAAUAAAUCUACUGUAAACAUAUGAAUGUCAAAUAAAGCGGUCGUUUUUAUAUAUUUUUUUAGGAUUGAUAGUAGGUAUUUAGUUCUAAAUGAAAUGUAUAGUUAAGAGGUGUUUCUUCGGUGGCGCACAGAGUAAAUUAUGUACAAAUCGUACCAUAAUAUUGUAUUACACAGAUAGCAUCGUACAUAAAUAUUAUGUUAAAUAUUGGAUAUAGAUUCUAUAUCACAUUGAAGUACUAAUUAUAGAUAAUUAGUGUUACAUAAUAUGAUUUUAUUUGUUAAUAUUCAAUAAAUAAUUGAACUUUGUUUAGUAAUAAUUAUGAAAUGAUA